GGGCGGCGGCGGCAGAGGCGGCGGCGCGGGGCAGGGCGCGGCGCUGAGGCCGCCCGCCGGGGGCGCAGCGCGCUCGGAGCCCCGGCCCGAAGUUGGAGCGCGCGGGAGCCCGGCCGGCGGCAGCUCCGGACAGCACCGGCGGAGCCCGCGCACGGGCAGGGCGGCCAGCCGGGACCGACGCCCAGGGCCCAGAAGCCAGCUCUCACCUUGCCCUGAGCCCCCUCACUCGGCUCCUCUGCUUCAGCCUGACCAAUGUCCACGAGGGAGCAGCCCCUCUUCAGCACUCGGGCCCAUGUCUUCCAAAUCGACCCAGCAACCAAACGGAACUGGAUCCCCGCGGGCAAACAUGCCCUCACCGUGUCCUACUUCUAUGAUGCUACCCGGAACGUGUACCGGAUCAUCAGCGUGGGUGGGACCAAGGCCAUCAUUAACAGCACCGUCACCCCCAACAUGACCUUCACCAAGACUUCCCAGAAGUUCGGCCAGUGGGCGGACAGUCGGGCCAACACAGUCUAUGGGCUGGGCUUUGCGUCGGAGCAGCAUCUGUCCCAGUUUGCAGAGAAGUUCCAGGAGGUGAAGGAGGCGGCCCGGCUGGCUCGAGAGAAGUCUCAGGAUGGUGGGGAGCUCAGCACCCCAGCUCUUAGCCUCUCCUCCCACCAGGUCAGGCCCCCUACUAGGGUGCCCCCGAGCCCCUUGAUUGGCACCAACGGUCCCGGGGAUGAGAAGCUGUUCCGAAGUCAGAGUGCCGAUGGCCCCGGCCCCACCGAGAGGGAGCGGCUUAAAAAGAUGCUGUCAGAGGGCUCUGUGGGCGAGGUGCAAUGGGAAGCUGAGUUCUUCACCCUUCAGGACAAUAACAACAAGCUGGUGGCCGCCCUCCGGGAGGCGAACACCAAUGUGGAGCGAUGGAAGGAGCAGCUAGAGGCUUAUCAGGAGGAGACAGAGCGGCUCCGGCUCCGGGUGGCCGAACUCGAGGCCCAGGGGCCCCCCGAGACAACUGGGGAGAGCGGGAAGGAUGGGCUGAGCCAGAGGCUGGAAGAGCUGGAGAUGCUGAUUAAAGCAAAGGACGAGGAGAUCCAGAUGUUGAAGAGCCAAAAGGGCAGCCACCGGGAAGCCGAGAGUGAGCGGGAACGGGAAGAGGCCCUCCAGAAACUUCAGGAGCUGGAGAGCCGGUACACGGAGAUGGAGCGGCAGUUCCAAGGCACCCAGAGAAGCCUGGAGGAGGCUCGGGGGGAGCGGGAGCGGGCCCGGGCCGAGGUGAUCAGGGCCACCGAGCUCCUGGAUGUCAAGAUCUGCGAGCUGAGCGAGCUGCGCCAGGGCCUGGCCCGCCUGGCUGAGGGCACCCCAUGACUGGCUGUGGAAUAGGGCAGCUGGGCCGAGGUGGGGGAGUGCCUGGAUGCUCUCCUCAGCCCCCAAACCCGGCCCAGAUGGGGUCUGUGGUGGGUAAGGGGGCACAGCUUUCAUAGUGGGGUGGGAUGGUGGCAAUUUUUUUUCCGGUAGUUUUAUAUUUAAAGCAAUCCUUCCCUCAACCCUUCCAGCUCCUAGUAGGAGACUGGACUGGGGAGCUCCAAGCCGACCCAGCCAGGCCUGCCUCUGAGUCACAGGAGGGAGACUUCCCAGGCCGGAAGCUCGGGGCUGACUCAGCCCCUCAGACUGGGGCACGUCCUGAUGGACUGGGGGCAAGGGCGGGAAGGGAGGGGGCGGCAGCCUUAUUAGGAUUGGAGAACCUAGAGCUCUGGCCCCUCCCAGGAAGGGAAAAAGGGCAGGAACCUGGUUGACUCCACAUAUUCCCCCAGCUCUGCAAGCUCUAGAAAUGAUCAUUCCCCUAAAGCUGGCAUGAAGGGGAUAUCUGUCCCAGGCUGGAUAGCAAAUGUCCCCAAGAAGGGCAGGACCUUAAUUCCAACUCCUCUCCCCAUUAGAUAGGAUGGCCUAAGUUAGGGGACCCGGGCAGGACUACUGCCGGGGCAGCUGGCUUCCUCUUCUAGCACCCAUGGGAGAGGAAGGGAUGGGGUGGGGGUGGGGGCAGUGCUGAGGACUACAACUUUGGUUGGGGAGGGUUCAUUUGUGAGAUUUUGGAUUUGUAGGUUUUUUAGUAUCUGGGCAAUGGCUGCCCAGGGAAAUUAAAUUUCUAAACCUA